UCUCUCUCAAACAUAUCAUUUUGCAACUGAGUAGCCUUAAUCAUUCUCGCCGUAAAUCAGCUUUUCUUCUCUCACAACUCCAGCGUCUGCAGUCCUCACUUCCUUCUAGUUAAAAUCUUUGCCUGUUUCCGAAAACGCAUUGCUUCUUUCCGAUUUCAGAAAUAAACGAUUAAUUCCAGAGGCAGUGAUAAACAAGAGGAGACACUCCAUCCGAAUGUGGACUUCGCGCUAACGAAAAGAUCAUUGCGAUAUGUGAAUAUUAGAUCACACGCACAUCAAUAUUAACAAGAAGAAAGUUACUUAGACUUUGGACCUGCCAAUAAUAUUGAGUUGUUGUAUUCUUUGUUUUAGCUGAGCUCUGGGUGAAUGUUCACACACGAUUUACUGCAGUCCUUCAUCAGUAAGAUCUGGAUAUCACUUAUUUUGGACAAUGGAGUGCCCUGGAUGGAAAUGCAGAUAUCAAAUUGCAUAUAUUGUUAGUAUCAUCAUCAGCAUAUCUUACCCUGUAACACAGGGAGCUAAUAUAUUGGUUGUACCUGCUGAGGGAAGUCACUGGGUUAAUAUGAGAAUUCUAAUGGAGGAACUGAAAGUUCAUGGGCACAACAAUACUGUGUUUUAUUUCUCAACGUUUUGGUAUGCUGAAGAGAUGCCUGACUUAUAUCGAUCGAUUGUCAUUCAGCUGCAAGGAGAUGUUGGGAAAACUACAAGUCAAACGAUUUCGCAAGAUUUUAUACAAAAAUCUAUGAAUGUUUUACAGAAUGGUUCCACACUGUUGAGUUUCAUCAAGCACCAAUAUAAACUAAUGACAACAGUCCACAUUGCUCAUACUUACCUUCAAAAUCUUAUCCAUGCUGCUUUUCAGAACAAGAGUUUGUUAAAUGAACUUGGAAAUGCACACUUUGACAUGAUCAUUGCUGAUCCUGUUUUCCCUGUCGGUCCAAUGCUUGCUUAUUAUUUGAAGCUGCCUUUGGUGUAUAAUGUUCGUUGGCUCACUGAUGGAGAAGCUCAUUUUCUAUCUGCCCCAUCACCACUGUCCUAUGUCCCAGUCCUUGGUUCAAAAUUGACAGAUAAAAUGAGUUUCCUCCAAAGAACUAAAAAUUUCAUAUUAUAUUUUCUUCAAACUUCUGUUACAGGUUUUAUUUUUCAUCCAAUGUACAAUGAACUCUGCCAUCGCUAUCUGGGCCCAGACACAGACAUUGAGACUCUUCUCCUAAGGGCAGAUGUGUGGCUGAUGAGAGUAGACUUUAUAUUUGAAUUCCCGAGACCCACCAUGCCCAAUAUUGUUUAUAUUGGAGGAUUCCAGUGUAAACCACCCAAACCUCUAGAGGCAGAGUUUGAGGAGUUUGUCCAGUCCUCAGGGGAACAUGGGGUUAUUGUCAUGUCAAUGGGGACUAUUGUCAGUUCUUUGCCAAUGCAUGUUACAAUGCAAAUAGCAGAGGCCUUUGCUCAAUUACCUCAGAAGGUUAUCUGGAGACACAAUGGAGAGACCCCUCCCAACAUUGGAAAUAAUACCCUACUGGCAAAAUGGAUCCCUCAGACUGAUCUACUUGGACACCCUAAGACAAGAGCCUUCAUUGCCCAUGGUGGCACCAAUGGGCUUUAUGAAGCCAUCUAUCAUGGAGUGCCAGUAGUUGGCAUACCUCUAUUUUAUGACCAGUUUGAUAAUUUACUCAGACUUGAAGUCCGAGGUGCAGCAAAAGUGAUGAACAUUGCAACCAUGCAGUCAACAGAUCUACUGCAGGCAAUUAAUGAGGUUAUAUAUAACACCUCUUAUCGGGAGAACAUGCAGAAACUCUCUGCUCUCCACAGAGACCAACCCGAGUCUCCAAUGGAGAGAGCUAUUUUCUGGAUUGAGUACGUUGCCCGACACAAAGGGGCAGCACAUUUACGCUCAGAAUCUUACCGACUCCCCUGGUACGUUUACUAUUGUGUAGAUGUGAUGAUCUUCCUGGUGUCUUUGUUCCUCAUGGGUACAGUGGUGACAGUCCUACUACUGAGAAAUCUUUGUUACAUCUCUCGGAAGGAAAAGCAAAAAACCCAGUAAGAUUAAUGUGGUUGAAUUGAAAAAGAUGCUUUGAUAAUUUUCAAUUUAUCAAUGGUCAUUUCAUCCAGUAUCUAAUUCAUUCCAUCCAAUUGGCAUUAAUUUGAAUUAAUGCUUUGAGGAAAGUAUCACAGGAGUGACAUGCCAGUUAAUACUAGACCUCGUGAAUAGAUGCAGACAUGGACAUGGUGUACUUAAAUUUUAAAGAAACAGUGCCUUGUCCAAAACAAAUCAUCAUAUUAGUUCACGCACGAUCAUGAAUUUAAAAUAAAGACACAUGACAACAAGUUAUAGUCAAACAGGUUUAUUUGAAAUCACAAACUUUCAGAGUUCUGCUGCUUCAUCUGAUGAAGGAGCAGCACUUCAUAAGCUUGUGAUUUUAAAUAAACCUGUUGGACAAUAACCUGGCAUCAUGUGACUUCUGACUUUGUCCACCCCAGUUCAACACCGGCACCUUCACCUGUUGGUUAAAAUGAGACUGAGGAAUUUGGAAUUCAUUGGCAGAGGAGACAAUGUUUGUCACAAUUUGUUGAUCUACUGUAUCCAGUUGAAUUUUCCCAAUAAAAUUCUAUCCUUUUUUGUUUUA